GCAAAAAAAAACAAAAUCCGCAAAAUCGCGUAAACAACAUUUUUGCCAGUCUGCCAGUCAAUUGAUUUCGCAAUCGAUUUAUGUGCAAAAAAAGCGUUGUUUCGUGAGGGCUAAAUAUUUCGCGAGUGCGUCAGAAAGUGAAAUAAACGGUACGCGUACAUUUUCGCUGUUAUGAAAAUCGAUAUCCAUCCUCUGACCGAGGAUCCCACGCUGGCAUGGAAAGAAAUAUCAAAAAAUCAGCGCGUGAUAAAAAUCAACACCAAGGCGCCCGGAUCCGAGGUUCCAAGCAACAAGGUGCGGGUGGUUUGCAUGUCUGACACCCAUUCGCUGACCCAUCACAUCAAGUUCGAUAUUCCCGAGGGAGAUGUUUUUAUCCAUGCCGGAGACUUCACCCGGUGCGGCAAGUUGGACGAGGUUGUCGAUUUCAACAAUUGGUUGGAAAAGCUACCCCACAAGCAUAAACUGGUCAUAGCUGGAAAUCAUGAGCUAAGUUUCGACCACACGUUUACCCAUCCAUUCCAGAAUGCAAGCGCAUGCUGCAAGAAGACCGGUAGCACUCUGCUAGACGAAAUUCCAACGCUGGGAAACUCUAAGGAAAGCCUUGCGGAAGCGGUCAAAACGGAAAACAUACGACAAUACCUCAGCAAUUGCGUGUACCUGCAGGACGAAUGCAUUGACCUGUACGGGUUGAAGAUCUACGGUACCCCAUGGCAGCCGGAGUUCUGCAAGUGGGCCUUCAACGUUAAACGCGGCCAAGACUGCCUAGAAAAAUGGGAGAAAAUUCCGGAAAACGUUGAUAUUCUAAUCACGCACACACCACCGGUCGGGCAUGGAGAUUUGUGCUGCUCUGGCGUUCGAGCCGGAUGUGUGGAACUGCUCACGACGGUGCAGCAACGAGUCAAACCCAAGUACCACGUGUUUGGACACGUGCACGAAGGCUACGGUAUCACCUCCGACGGUAAGAUCAUUUUUAUCAAUGCCUCCACCUGCGACAUCAACUAUCUGCCGAACAACCAGCCGAUCGUGUUCGAUGUAACUUUGCCGAAAGGGCGCACAAAAGAUGAUUAAGUAAUAGUUGUCUCCGUUGAACACAUAGAUUCGUGGAGAGAUUAUAUCUACAGAUAGCUUGAUAUUGCACAUAAUGGGCCAAAAUGUAUCUCGACCUAAAAAUGCCAUGACAAAUGGUAGAUGCGCUUAGACAUUUUUUUAUUUGCAUCUACACAAGAUUAUUAAAAUCCCACUACAAAGUAGAUGUUUUGAUUGUUAGAUGACUAGUUUACAUAUUUUUUGUGUAUAUCUAUUUUCUUUUACUCGUUAAAGUAAGUGAUUGUUGUGCAAUUAUUCUAUUUAAUUUAUUUAGACAAACAGUUGAAGUAAAAUGUCAGAGAUUGCUCAAAACGCAAGCAUGUUUUGGAUACGAGUUGGGUGACUUGAGAUAAAGUUAGUCUAAAAAGCUAUCGGUAGGAAAGUUAAAGAAGUGUUCACUUGGGUAAAUUUUGUUGGUUUUGGUGAUACUACUUUAGUUACUUUAAGUUUGUGUUUGACCUUAUUAGCAAAUUAGUAUCAUAGGAAUAAAUUGAGAAUAAGUAUUGCAAGAGUUA